CCUCCAAUCUUAUCCAUCAUAUGGAGGUUUUUGGAUUAACAUUUGUAACUAGUAUUUUAAUACGAGUUAUAAAUUGAUUUUGAAUAUAUUAACAUUUUAUAAUGGUAAAUACUUCCAAUUUUCAUGUGGCUUAAUUCCUUUUUUUAUUUAAACCAAAUAUGACCACAGCCCUAGAAGACAUAGAUCAUGCUAAAUUCAUCGAAUCUGUCAUCUAUAUGUCUAGCUUUGUUGAAUUCUGGGAAAGUUCCUUCAUUUAAGGAACACAAAAGCUGCAAAAGUAUAGUUUCAUACUUCAAAGCCCAUGACCAUUUUUCCCUUUCUCUAGAGUUCUUGAAGACAUGUAAGUUGACUUUACAGCACUUCAAUCCCCCAUUUUCUUCAAGAAUCUGCGCUCUGUGAUGGGUUUUUAGUAGAUUCUGAACCCUUUCUUGCGUUACAUUUUUGGGAUUCAUUUAACUGAUCCAAACCCAGAUUCGAUUGGUAUGAUCUGAGUGCAUAACUGAAACUUUGAUUUGUGAGCUUAUUGUUUCUGAAGCAGGUUUGAUUUCUCUUUAUCUUUUGCACCUCAAUCGCAGAGAUUUUGGGUGUCAUUUUUUUUACCAUUACAACUGUAGUAUUGUUUGGGCAAUUGAGCUAAACAUGGUGGACAGUGGGUAUGAGUUUUCCUCACCGUCGAGCUUCCCUUCAUCAUCCUGCGUGUCGAACGGCAGCAGCGGGGGCCCACACGAGGCCAAGGACAAUCUUGAGCUGUUGAGCUUGAGCAAGCUGAGCAAUGGACUUGAGAGGCUGCUGGUGGAAACUGAGUUUGGGCUCUACUUUGAUUGGGAGAUAGUGGUGGAAGGUGUUCGGGUUGGCGUGAACCGAUGCAUCUUGGCUGCGAGGAGCAGGUUUUUCCACGAAAAGUUCAAAACCGCAAUGGCUGAAGGGAAGCCUCCCAAGUUUUUGAUGACAGACUUGUUGCCAUGCCCCCUCGGUUUGGUCAGUUUUGAAGCUUUUGAGGUUUUGUUGAACUAUUUGUACACCGGGAAGCUUAAGGCGUCUCCUCCCGAGGUCUCGACGUGCGUGGACGAGUCUUGUGUUCAUCUCGCUUGUCGCCCCGCCAUCAACUAUGCUGUUGGCCUCUUAUAUGCCUCUUCCACUUUCCAAAUGAAUGAGCUUGUCAUGCUUCUUCAGGUCACCUUCUCUCCCCUAUGCUAUUGUAUUGAUUGCAAGAGGAUUAGUUUAUGUUUAGAGUAUAAAAAGCAUUCUAUGCACAUUCAACCACAAGUUUGAGCUUUUUUGUCGAGUUGGUUCCUUAACAUUGAUAAAGACAUUCUUGGGAAUCCAACCACAGACUUUAAGCUUUUGGUUGAGUUGGAGAGUUAUAUCCAACAUUUGCUAAAUUUGAGAAUGAAUGAACUCCUUGAUAACUAUGAAGUUUUACAUCACCUCUUGAGAGCUAUUUUAGGAUGAGUUCACACGAAUAUUAUCCGUAACAAGUUGAUUCAUUGACAAUUUAUGUGCGCGAAUGUGUUUGUGCAGCGCCAUCUCGUCGACUUAGUCGAUAAGGCUCUAGCAGAAGACGUGAUUCCAAUCCUCAUGGUGGCGUAUCACUGCUCGCUCACCCAACUUCUUGAGCAUUGUCUUGAGACGUUAACGCGCUCUGAUCUUGAGAAUUUCACUCUGGAGAAAGAACUCCAUUGUGAAUCUUCAAUAACAUCAAAGCGCGCAG